AUGUCGGUUAUGGAAUUCCUGAAAGAUUUACCGUCAUAUGAUGAGCACAACUUCACGUUAUUUAAUACUGAUCAUGGCAUACGGAAUUGUUCGAAAAGACCUUCAAUAUAUCUCCCCACCAAGGAUAUUCCUUCUGAACAAAUUAUAGUAACAGAAAAAACAAAUAUCCUAUUAAGAUAUUUACAUCAACAGUGGGAGAAAAAGAACAACACCUCACCUAAAAAACGUGAUCAAAGUCACAUAGAACAAAAUGGUGAUGAAAGUCGACCACGAAAGAGGCCUUGUUUAACCUCCCCAAUCAAC